AUGUUAGAUGACAAAGCGGAUAAAACAUAUGUUGACAAUAAAAUGUCAAGUGAAGUGACAAGAGCUGACAAAGAAUAUUCUAAAAAGACUCAUACACAUACCAUAUCUGAUAUUACAAACUUACAAGAAACCUUAAACAGGAAAAGUGACGUUGGACAUACACACGAUUUCUUCGCAACUGUUGGUAUAGAAAAUAUUGAAGGAACGGUUGAAGAAACUGGUGGGGAUGUAUUAAAUUGGAAACCUCCUAACUUUCCACAAGGUUUAACAUCGGAGGAUGACAUAACAACGAUGAAAGACAUUAAAUGUAAAGAUGUUUAUGUCAUGGAGGAUGAAAAUAAAGUUAAAUUCACUGCUCAAGAUUUAUAUGACAAGAAAGCAGACAAAACAGAGCUUCAAACAUUAAAGACUGAAAUACUUCAAACCAUUUACCCGGUUGGUUCUAUUUAUACGUCAAUGAACUCUACCAGACCAGAAGUAGUACUUGGUUUUGGAACUUGGACUCAAAUACUCGAAAGUUUUUUGUAUUGUGCACACACUCCAAAGAAAACAGGUGGAAGUAAAACGAUAUCUGUCGACAACUUGCCACCACAUAGUCAUUCUGGUACAACAAACUUUUCUGGCGACCAUAGCCACUCAUUAAGAGACCACCCAUUAUACAACUCAGAGUAUGAAGCUGGCUAUGACGUUUUAUCUCCAGAUUAUAACCAUUCAGCAAAAAAGACUUUUCGACAAACUGAACCAGGAGGAAACCACCAACAUACUUUUACAACAACAUCUACAGGACUAGGUAAAAAAUACAUGCCACCUUACAUGACAGUUUGUGCAUGGUAUAGAAUUGCUUAG